CAGCUGGGUAAGCCUUCCUAUCUCACCCUGCCCGACCAAGAACCUGUCCUGGCUCUACCAAGAACCUCCAGGGUGACUUUGCCUUUUAAACAAUUUCGAAGGCGAUUUGGACCGAGAUCCUGUCAGUGCGCAUGCGCCGGCCUGGUUCUACCAACCCAGGGUUUGAAUUUUCUCGGAGAAAGACAGGCCGGCCACGAGGAAAAAAGAAACAAGCCGCAGCAACAUCUAAGCCCUUGAAAGGAUCCUGAGAGGGGGGAAAGGGAAAACAGCAGCCACCAGCCCAACCACUUGUGUCUUCUGCCCCUUCCCACCUAUCUUGUCCGCCCCACCAGCCCACGCUGCUUGGGACUUGAAAUCUGUGGCCGAAGGACUGUCACCACAUAACUUCAAAAAUAAUCAACCACCCUCCCUUCCCAAACCCGCCCAAAUUCACUCAUCCAGCGUUUACUUUUUUGAAUCCACUCAGAACUUUUUUUCUACGACCCCCCUCCCUAAAUGGAGUUGGGUGGGGGGGGAAAUGAAUACUGAGUUGGCCUUUAUUUUUUUUAAGAGACUUUUUGAUCCAAUGAGGCCCCCAAGUAAUUGAGUUUUGGGUCCUGGUUGGUUGUUUUAUUUUUUUUCUCCAAAAUUUUAACCCCCUCCCCCCUGAGCCCGAGGUGCUGACGUCGCAAAAAAAUUGGAUAGUAAGUGUCGAAUUUUCAAAAACCAGCCUUGCAACAAGAAAUCAACGUUUCCCGUUGUGAAACCAAAAAUAAUGAGAGGAAGAAGUGAGACCAUAGAACAAAAUAGAGAACUGGAGAAGGACCAAGCCGGUCACUUAAUCUCCAUUAAAAAAGGGCCUUUGGGUCUAAACAGUCUUGUUCUCUUUCCCCUACCACCUACCUCUUCCUGCCCUGCUGCAGGCAAGGAGAGCGUGGAGGGAGGGCCAGCAAAUGAGGAUUUUGAUGGUUAACCCUUGGUAAUCCAGCCAAUUUCCAGACUGCCAAAGCCAUAGUGUUUGCUUUUUAUAAAGAGGAAUGGUUACCUUCCUCUCGUUAGCAGUCUUCAAAAGGGUUAAUGAGCUCACAUACAAAAGAUGGUGGAUCUUGUGGCCCAGAAGUCCCACUUCUUUGUGUGUGAGACAAGCAGGGCGCCUUUCAAUUUGCCAGAUUAAUAAGCAAUCUGUACAUAAAGAUUGCAGGGUAAGGAGAUGGGCAGAGAGAAAUAAUAGCUGGCUAUGACUUAAAAUGAUUGUUAAAUCCUCUCAGUUUUAAUGUAAUUUGCUUGGGGUAUAUAUUUGUGUGGUUAAAAUAGGUGGCAAUCUAGGAAUAAAGAUUGCAAGACACUUAAAUCAGGGCAAAAUAUAAUCUUAGAGCCAGUACAUACAAGAUAAUACUUGGGGAGGUAGAAAUGUUUUGUAAUUGUUGCAGAUUGCAUAGGUUAUUUAAAAGCAAAAGGUGAUUAACAUUUUAACUUGAUACUUUAUGGUGGGGGGAUACAGUUAAAUAAAUAGAGGGUGGAAAGGUUGGGAAAUGUGGAAUGCAGGAGUAUAAUUUUAAAAGCCAUUUAGUGCAAUUGAAUGCUAGCUUUCUAAAAGAUUUGUGUCGUUAAAAGGAAUUUUUUUCUUCCCUGCUUCAAUAUGGCGACUUUCCUUGUCCUUUUGUCUUCCAAGCGGCGUCGCAGGUUGUGUGUUGACCCAUUUUUCUCCUGUCCUCCCACCUCAGCCCUAUUUGUUGAGAGGGGUCCAAGUCCUCCCCCUUUCCCUUUCUAGGGAGGAUGGGGGUGGUCGAUCGGAGCGGGUUGAACCUCGAUUGCAAAUUCAAUUCUUCCCCGCAGAAAAUUGUUCUUUUAAUAUUUUAAUUGCUUUUAUUUUCACAACGCUCUUAUUGACUCAAAAUAGGUCAAAGACUAUUCGGGAUGGGGGGCUUUUUUUGUUUUUGUUUUUACUAAAAAAGGGUGUUUUUUAAUGUAACUAGCUCCCGGCAGAGCCCGGACAGCUUUGUUAAGUUUUCCUCUUCUCCAUUACAAAAUGGCGUCCCUGCUUCUUUGUUGUUUUUCUCCCCCUUUGCCAUCCAGAGCUUAGGGCCGCCCUAGAAACUUGGUCAAGGGGGAGGAGCAGCCUUGAAAGGUGAUGUAAUCAGCUUUCUUCCUCCUCUCUCCACCCUCUUGAAACUCCACCCCUGAGCAGAUGCCUUCUGGAGUCCCUGUGCACGCUGCUGCGAGACAGGAAAAGACAUUUUCCUUAUUUUCUUUACAAUGUUAUCUUUUAUAGCCUUUAUCUUAACAGGAAAAAAGCUUAUAGGAAUUAGGUCUUCAUGCUGUCCGUCUCCUUGGGCGGCUCUGGUUUUUACAUUUAAUAAUGAGAGCCUGUUGCUUUUAUUUUCACCUUUCACUCAUCGCAACUGCUUGGAAGUUUUCCCUGCUUCAGUUGCCAGGGGUGGAAAGCCCGUCCAACCAACUAGAAGACUGGGAGCUUUUUAGGAGAGUGUGUGAGCGUGUGUGUAUGUAUAUAUGUGUGUUGGGGAUACUGGGGAAAGACACGAGCUUGUGAAAGAAUAACGAAUAGACAAAUGGGGCCUAAUGACACUGGAAUGUGCCAUUUCUGCUCAGGAAGCAGUCCUUGGGCCUCCUGCAUUUGGUCGCUUUGUAUAAUGAGAAUCUGGGGGAGGGUGGGUUCUUUAGGACUUUCUUCUAAAUCGCCCUUAUUCCCUCCUCUGGGUUUGGGGAUAAACUCUUUGUGUUCAGUGCUGUAUCACGUUCUCCAGUUGCUUAGCUCCUGUACAUUGGUACUAGGAUGAGAAGUGAAUCUUUAGGAAAGGAGGCUGCAGUUGUAAACUCAAGGCAGGGGGAAUCAAGCUACGGUUUCUGAAACCUCUAUCAUGGGUUCGGGUCCCAUAGACCCCAAAGAGCUUCUCAAGGGCCUGGAUAGCUUCCUUAACCGAGAUGGGGAAGUCAAGAGUGUGGAUGGGAUUGCCAAGAUCUUCAGUCUCAUGAAGGAAGCACGAAAGAUGGUGAGUCGAUGCACUUACUUGAACAUUCUCCUGCAGACCCGUUCACCAGAAAUAUUGGUCAAGUUUAUUGACGUUGGUGGUUACAAGCUUCUUAACAAUUGGCUGACAUAUUCAAAGACAACCAACAACAUUCCCCUCUUGCAGCAAAUUCUACUGACCCUGCAGCACCUACCGCUCACUGUGGACCAUCUCAAACAGAACAACACAGCCAAACUGGUGAAGCAACUGAGCAAGUCAAGUGAAGAUGAAGAGCUCCGGAAAUUGGCCUCAGUCCUUGUCAGUGACUGGAUGGCUGUCAUCCGCUCCCAGAGCAGUACUCAGCCUGCUGAGAAAGAUAAGAAGAAACGUAAGGAAGAAGGAAAGAGUCGAACCACCCCUCCUGAGCGACCCUUGACUGAGGUGAAGGCUGAAACCCGGACUGAGGAGGCCCCAGAGAAGAAGAAGGAGAAGCCCAAGUCUCUUCGGACCACGGCACCCAGUCACGCCAAGUUCCGUUCCACCGGCCUGGAGCUGGAAACCCCAUCUUUGGUGCCUGUGAAGAAGAACGCCAGUGCAGUGGUGGUCUCUGACAAGUAUAACCUUAAACCCAUCCCCCUCAAGCGCCAGAGCUCCACAGCUUCUCCAGGAGAUGCUGCCCCCCCUGCAGAGAAGAAAUACAAGCCACUCAACACAACACCCAAUGCCACCAAAGAGAUCAAAGUGAAGAUCAUCCCACCACAGCCUAUGGAGGGCCUGGGCUUUCUGGAUGCACUCAAUUCAGCCCCUGUUCCUGGGAUCAAAAUUAAGAAGAAGAAGAAGGUGCUGUCACCUACAGCUGCCAAGCCAAGCCCGUUUGAAGGGAAAACGAGCAUAGAACCAAGCACAGCCAAACCUUCUUCCCCAGAACCAGCACCUCCUUCUGAGGCCAUGGACACAGACCGUCCAGGGACCCCAGUUCCCCCUGUUGAAGUCCCAGAGCUCAUGGAUACAGCCUCUUUGGAACCAGGAGCUCUGGAUGCAAAGCCAGUGGAGAGUCCUGGAGAUCCCAGCCAGCUGACCCGGAAAGGCAGGAAGAGGAAAAGUGUGACGUGGCCUGAGGAGGGCAAACUGAGAGAAUAUUUCUAUUUUGAACUGGAUGAAACUGAACGAGUAAAUGUGAAUAAGAUCAAGGACUUUGGCGAGGCAGCUAAGCGAGAGAUAUUGUCAGACCGACAUGCAUUUGAGACAGCCCGGCGUCUGAGCCAUGACAACAUGGAGGAGAAGGUGCCCUGGGUGUGCCCCCGGCCCCUGGUUCUGCCUUCACCUCUUGUCACGCCUGGAAGCAACAGCCAGGAGCGAUACAUCCAGGCUGAGCGGGAGAAAGGAAUCCUUCAGGAGCUAUUCCUGAACAAGGAAAGUCCUCAUGAGCCUGAUCCUGAGCCCUAUGAACCUAUACCCCCGAAACUCAUCCCCCUAGACGAGGAGUGUUCCAUGGAUGAGACCCCAUAUGCGGAGGCCCUGGAGCCUGGGGGCGCUGGAGGCUCACCUGAUGGGGCAGGUGGCUCCAAGUUGCCUCCUGUUCUGGCCAAUCUUAUGGGAAGCAUGGGUGCUGGGAAGAGCCCCCAGGGUCCUGGAGGAGGAGGCAUCAAUGUCCAGGAGAUCCUCACCUCCAUCAUGGGUAGCCCAAAUAGUCAUCCCUCAGAGGAACUGCUGAAGCAACCAGACUAUUCGGACAAGAUCAAGCAGAUGCUGGUGCCACAUGGACUCUUAGGCCCUGGUCCAAUAGCCAAUGGUUUCCCACCAGGAGGUCCUGGGGGCCCCAAGGGCAUGCAGCACUUCCCCCCUGGACCUGGGGGACCUAUGCCAGGUCCCCAUGGAGGCCCUGGGGGCCCUGGUGGGCCAGUGGGUCCACGUCUCCUCGGUCCCCCACCCCCUCCCCGGGGGGGCGAUCCCUUUUGGGAUGGCCCAGGUGACCCCAUGCGGGGUGGCCCUAUGCGGGGGGGUCCAGGACCAGGUCCUGGACCAUAUCAUAGAGGCCGUGGUGGCCGAGGCGGAAAUGAACCUCCUCCUCCUCCUCCAUUCCGAGGGGCCAGAGGAGGUCGCUCUGGAGGAGGACCCCCAAAUGGACGAGGGGGCCCUGGUGGGGGCAUGGUUGGAGGUGGUGGACAUCGUCCUCAUGAAGGCCCUGGUGGAGGCAUGGGUGGUGGACAUCGCCCCCACGAAGGCCCUGGCAGUAGCAUGGGUGGAGGUGGGGGACAUCGUCCCCACGAAGGCCCUGGCGGCGGCAUGGGCAGUGGCAGUGGCCAUCGUCCUCAUGAAGGCCCUGGCAGUGGCAUGGGUGGAGGCAGUGGACAUCGCCCCCAUGAAGGCCCUGGCGGAGGAAUGGGUGCUGGUGGUGGACAUCGCCCCCAUGAAGGCCCUGGCGGGAGUAUGGGUGGAAGUGGUGGACAUCGCCCCCAUGAAGGUCCUGGACAUGGGGGACCCCAUGGCCACCGGCCUCAUGAUGUCCCUGGUCACCGAGGCCACGACCAUCGAGGGCCACCCCCUCAUGAACACCGUGGCCAUGAUGGCCCUGGCCAUGGAGGAGGGGGCCACCGAGGGCACGAUGGAGGCCACAGCCAUGGAGGAGACAUGUCAAACCGCCCUGUUUGCCGACAUUUCAUGAUGAAGGGCAACUGCCGCUAUGAGAACAACUGUGCCUUCUACCACCCGGGUGUCAAUGGGCCCCCCCUGCCCUAGGGCCACCUGCCUGCCCCGCCCACACACACCCCUGUGGACUGCAGCCUUGCUCCUUCCACCUUCUUAUGGCUUCUGUGAGGCCCAUUUUUCCCUUUCCCCAGCUGAUGAGGAGCCGGCCCCCUCAGUUCCCACCUGUUUGGGUUCCUGGGGGUUUUCUGAUCACUGGUGCGCAUUGAUGUACAUAUUUUCCUCCAGUCUGGGGAGGAGAGAGACUGGACACAUUCUGUACCCUGGACUGCUGAAGAGGAGACCCAUUUGGCUUCACUUUUUGAGGAGAUUUGCCCUGUAACCCCAGACCCCUUUCCAGUAUUACCCUUUAUGCCUGAGAACCUAAAGCUGGUUAUCCUGGAGAACACCUCUGCUCUCCUAUUGUGGGUCCUCCACGUGCACACAGAACUGACACAGGAUCAACUGCACUUAUGAAAUCAUCCCAGCCAAGUUCAUUAUUCCUCCUGGGGUGGGGAGAUGGUAAAAGGGGUAUUAUAUAUCCCACUGCACUGAGAGGGCUCAAUCAGGCUGGAUUUGAGUUCUGGAACACAUCAUCCCCACUCCUCCCCUCACAGGCUUUACGUUCUGAGUCUCUUCUCAAGUAAGACUUUGCAACCUUCCUUGACCACCCAAGGCUGCAUCAUGGGUCUGCUAGGUUCAAUGAUGGCAAAUUUACGUCUGCAUCAAGUGGAAGUUUUAGCUGGCAUAGGUGAGGCCAAUGGUGUUGGUCCACCCCUGCCUGCAGCUCAUUCUGGAAACUGUAAAACUUCAGUGAGACCAGCUUUUCAUCAGCUUAAGCCCGGCGUGCUGGGUCUGACCGUCACACUACAUGCACUGCCUUUGGGAGUUAGCACGCUCCUUGCCCCACCUGGAAGCUUGUCGGUGUGAGGCCUCCAGCUCCCUUGCCCUGUCAGCCACCUCCGAAUCCCCACCAGGUGCCUUCCUGGGUGGAUUCGACAUGACUUGCCCUUUCCCAGCCCCCUCCUUCACCUGUCUCAGCAUCAGUUGUUUUCUAUGAAAACAGUGGAUCGGUUGGGUUUUGUGCAGGGUCUUGGGUUCGAGCCACAAUGGAUUUGAGGAUGAGUAUUUUCUUUUUCUUUUGGUUUUGUAUAUUUUGUACAUUAAUAAUAAACAGUGGAAAGAGAAGCAGCUUAUUUAA